UGUUCGGCUGUUCGGCCGUUCGGCGGCGGAGCCACAACCACAAUCCCGGGAGCUGCGGGACACAGAGCAGCGCACCAUACAGCAGAGAACAGCAACAGCACAGCGCUCGACACGUCCCAUCCCGUCCCCCGGAGCAGCACUGCAACCCUGCACAGCCGUCCCAAACACACGCAGCACACGGCCGGUGAAGUCUGCAAAAACCAACCCCAAGCGCAACCUUCCGCGCCAACCAAGAGACUCGCGAUAUACACACACACACACACACACACACACACACACACACAUACAGACAACCCUAUGCAGCCAAACAUAGCGCGCCGCUGACAGCUUCGCCCUGGGAAGGCAGCUAAACAGGCCAGGCCGUGCACAACGCUCGCCCCGUCCCGUGGAGGGAGAGACAGAGAGAGAGAGGAUCUCGCAGGGGAAUGGGGAGCAGCCCGCUGACAAGCUGCGGCGCGAUACCGUGUGGAGAGCACAGGUCCUAGCUCCUCUAGUAUCUUUGGUGGAGAGCGCCGGUGAGGACAAAUACACACAGGCUGUUUUUGGACAAUUCUGGUGGAUAGUCCCAGCGUGAAGGUGACGGGAGCUACGGGGAGCAGCACACCCGGGAGUCCCACUUCCCUGGGCUCGCACGUUGUACUUACUGAGUCAACUCUUCUCUUGUUUCGUCCCGAUGUCUUAACGCGGUGACUAUCGAUCAUUUCAAAAAAAACAAAAAAAACACAAGACUUAAGACUACUGGACCCAUCUUCUGGAAUAAGACUAUAUAUCGCACAUAAUAACAUGGAUUUGCAUUUGGUGGAUAUAUGGAAAUAGCAGACAUUCAGAUGCAUGCCAAGUCCACAGUGAAUGCUGGAAGUAGCGAUCACCACAGAUGGAGGCCCAUAUUCCACGUGGUGGCGGUGGUUCAAUGGUUGUGAUCCAGCAACCCUCUCUUGACAGCAGACAGAGACUCGACUAUGAACGGGAACUGCAGCACACUGCCAUUUUAUCCCUCGAUCAGAUUAAAGUUAUCAGGACAAGCAACGAGUACACGGAAGGCCCGGCCACUGCUAAGAAAGCUGGUACAAUCAGUAGCAGCCGAACCACACAGAGGCAUGACAAGCACGAGAGGACUCACGAAGUGAUACCGAUCAACGUGAAUAAUAACUAUGAGCAUCGGUCCUCUCACCACACGCAUGGUGUUCACCAUUCGUCCACCAGGAUGCCUGUCUUGAGCAGGUCAACCAGCACGGGUAGUGCCGCUAGUUCAGGCAGUAACAGUAGCGCAUCAUCUGAGCAAGGACUCUUGGGGCGAUCUCCACCCACCAGGCUAACAUCCAACCACCACAGACCAGAGCGGACAAUCAGAUUACAACCUAAAUCGUCUGCCGGUGCAACGGAUGAGUUGAAGUGCUUGGGAAAAGAGGAUUUGGCAAAACAUAGGUUUAUAUGUGAGCAAUGUGGGAAAUGCAAGUGCAGAGAAUGCACAGCACCAAAGACCCUGCCUUCAUGUUUGGCUUGUAACAAGCAAUGCCUGUGCUCGGUAGAGAGUGCGGUGGAGUACGGUACAUGCAUGUGCUUGGUCAAGGGAAUCUUCUACCACUGCUCCAAUGAUGAUGAGGACUCUUGUGCAGAUAAUCCUUGCUCUUGCACCCAUUCGCACUGCUGCUCCAGGUUCUUGUUCAUGGGUUUAAUGUCCUUAUUUCUGCCCUGUUUACUCUGCUACCUUCCAGCCAAAGGCUGCAUCAAACUUUGCCAGGGGUGCUACGAUCGUUUAAACAGGCCUGGGUGCCGUUGCAAGAACUCAAAUACAGUGUAUUGUAAACUUAAAAGCUGUUCCACUCAACGGGAGGAUAAGCCCUCUUGAUCUCAGGCAGCAGAGCUCUUUAACAUUUUAUUUUAAUCAUUUUGAAUUCAUGCUUGUAUGUUUACCUGCUUCAGCCCUGGACUGGAUAUCAACUAAAACAUAGCAACCAUUCUAACAACCCAUUCUACACUAGAAAGAUGGCUGCUAUUUACCAACAUGGCCUAAGAUUGUGAAUGUUGCUAAAACCUAUAGGUGAACAGGCACAUCAGGGGUUCAUACCAUUGUUUUCUUGGCUACAAAUGCCCCCCCUUAACUAAUUUAAUUGAUCACAAUUUUUUUUUCAUGUGUUGCAAAAUAAACUACUUUUUUU